GCGCGGCAAACGUGCGGUUCCGGGUCGGUAUUCGGCUCGUCGGCCUGAGGUGGGGGCCGAGAGCCCUCGAGAGUCCGCGGAGGCGUGGCUGCUCUUAGACAGCAAGUGCUCUACUGGAGUCCCUGGACGCAAGUAGGCCUCCCUUUCUCCCGUGGCCUCCGGCGGUCUACCGCAAGGGCAGUGACUUUGACCUCCAGACUGUCUUAAACAUAGUAGAUAAGACAGAUCCUGUGUUGCCAAAAUUCUUUGGCCCACAUUUAAGUGGGAUGCAGCUAGCCUGGAGGUGUGGAACCUUUUAGGUACCUGUGUAUGAAUUCCAUUCACUGAGAAGUCCAGGGGUUAGUUUCCCCUGAAAGAUAUCCACACAGCAAACAUGUUUGCAAAACUAAAGAAGAAAAUUGCAGAGGAGACUGCUGUUGCUCAGAGGCCAGGCUGCACUCCUAGGAUCCCUCGGUCUGUGAGCAAGGAGUCUGUGGCUUCCAUGGGGGCUGACUCAGGAGAUGAUUUUGCUUCCGAUGGAAGCAGCUCCAGAGAAGAUCUGUCAUCCCAGCUUUUGAGAAGAAAUGAACAGAUACGGAAGUUAGAGGCCAGACUCUCUGACUAUGCUGAACAGGUCCGAAACUUGCAGAAGAUAAAAGAGAAGCUUGAAAUUGCAUUAGAAAAACACCAGGAUUCUUCCAUGCGGAAAUUUCAAGAACAGAAUGAAACAUUCCAAGCCAACAGAGCCAAAAUGGCAGAAGGACUGGCUUUGGCAUUAGCCAGGAAGGACCAGGAAUGGUCAGAAAAGAUGGAACAGCUUGAAAAGGAAAAAAGGUUUCUAACAUCUCAGCUACAAGAAGUAAAGAACCAGAGCUUGAGCCUUUUUCAAAAGAGAGAUGAAAUUGAUGAGUUAGAGGGUUUCCAGCAACAGGAAAUCAGCAAAGUGAAGCACAUGCUUUUAAAAAAAGAAGAAUGUUUAGGGAAGAUGGAGCACGAGUUGGAUGCACGAACCAGGGACCUUAAUCGUACUCAGGAGGAGUUGGUGACUUCUAAUCAGUUGUCAUCUGACUUAAGCCAGCGACUACAAGAAUUGCAGAGACAUUGCGCAACGCUGGAAGAACAGAGAGACCACUUGACAGCUUCAAAAGCAGGUGCAGAACAUAAGAUUGUAGUCCUGGAACAAAAGGAACAAGAGCUCCAGGCGAUCAUCCAGCAGUUUUCCAUUGACCUACAAAAGGUCAAUGCUGAAACUCAAGAAAAAGAAAAAGUCAUCACACAUUUACAAGACAAGGUUACAUUCUUGGAAAAGAGACUAGAACAGGACUUAUCAGGAGAAGAUCAUGUACAAGAACUCUUGAAAGAGAAAACUGUGGCUGAACAGAAACUGCAGGAUACUAGGCAACAGCUCUUGGCUGCCAAGAACAGCCACACCAAGGCAGUUGACCUCCUGGAGACUCGGGUGAAGGACCUAGAGCAGAGCCUACAGGCUGCUGAAGAGCAGCUAAGCCAGAGUAGAGAUGUUGUGGCUGGCCAGGAAGCGCAGAUCCAGAAGCUUAUCACUACAAACCAAGAGAACAACCUUUCCCAACAGCAGGUUCUUGCCCUGGAGCAACAUUGCAGGGAGCGCAUCCAUGCACUGGAGGCCCAAAUUGAAGCUCUGGAACAAACACGGGCGGCUGACCAGAUAGCCUCUGAGCAGGGAAUGCGGCAACUGCAGCAGGAAAAUGUGGCCCUUAAAGAAAGCAGAGAUGAGUGUAUACAGUCCUUACAACAUCACCAAUUGGAACUAAAGAAACUCAAGGAUGAAUGGAACCAAAGAGAAAUUGUGAGUGUGGCAAUGGCUCAAGCCCUGGAGGAGGUGCGGAAACAGAGAGAAGAGUUCCAGCAGCAGGCCACUGAGCUGACAGCCAUCAUAGAAGAGAAAAAUCAGAGCCUAUGUGAAAAGGAUGAGGCACUUCUCCAGAAGGAGGAGGAACUUCAACAGCUGGAAAAAGGUCACAACUCUGCCCUGCUGCAGAUGCACCAACUGCAGAGAGAACUAGAGACCUUGAAGACUUUCAGAGCCCAGGAGGCAAUGCCAGCCACAACAGGAGAGGACUGCCUGCCACUGCAGGGCCAGGAGCCACUAGUCAUCUCAAAAGCCAUGCAGAAUUGUGAGUAUGAGCUUCCAGCUGCAGAAGGAACUCCAAAUGGUGAGGUUGGAGCCAUGGAUCUAAAGCAGCUACAGAAAGAAAAACAGGACUUAGAACAGCAACUUACAGAGAAAAAUAAGAUUAUGAAGCAAAUGCAGCAGAGGAUGCUGGAACUUAAGAAGACUCUGCAGAAAGAGCUGAAAAUCAAACCUGACAAUGAGCUUUUUGAGGUCCGGGAGAAGACAGGCCCUGAGAUACCAAAUAUGGCCCCUUCUGUCACUAAUAAUACUGACCUAACUGAAGCCCGAGAGAUCAACUUUGAAUACCUUAAACAUGUUGUUUUAAAAUUCAUGUCCUGUCGAGAAUCUGAGGCUUUUCAUCUCAUAAAAGCAGUGUCAGUGCUGCUGAAUUUCUCACAAGAAGAGGAGAAUAUGCUCAAAGAGACUCUGGAAUAUAAGAUGUCUUGGUUUGGAUCCAAACCAGCUCCCAAGGGCAGCAUCCGGCCAUCUAUCUCCAACCCUCGGAUACCAUGGUCCUAGACCCACCCAAGGAUAGAGCUACGUGGGCUGACACUCUUCCUAUGAAAAGAAUACUGACACAGCAGACUGGGUGGGUUUUUAAAUCAAUGUAACUCUAGUAUUGUGUACAAGUGUCUAGACAGUUUACAACCGUGCACACUGAUGAUGAACUUCAGAGGGAGCCAAUUUUAUCAUAAUGGUCAUUAACACGAGAAGGAAUCCAGGGCACUGCCCAGAUUUCCACAGUGCUGCUAAUAUCCCAGCUGUGGCCAGCUGUAACUGGGUCCUCUAUCUUAAUAUUAGCACUUAAAAUUGAAGUGAUUGGCAUGUCAGGUGAAAACUAAUUAUCAAGCAGAGGUAACAUGACUGAAAGUGGAGAGAGUCCUUUCAUAAAAAGCUAACUCAAGGGUGGUCUUUGGAGUCCCCUUCUACUAGCAAGUCUGGGUUUUCAUGCACUGUUGCCUCUCAAGAAAGUAUCAUUACACUUUGUUUCCCCAACCACCUAGAACUUGAGAUGUGUCCAUCUCAUAGGUUACGGGGCCAGUGUGGACUGAUGAGUAUGCAACUUUCCAGUCCUGAGAAAACUAGCAAGCAGACGGAAUGAUCUCUACGUAUAGCACCAAAUACACUCAAUUGCCUUCUUAAUGAAUGUACUCGUCUUGGAUGGGUUGCUGGUAAACCAUUUUAAAACUAUUUUUAUAGCAAAAGUUCUUCGCUAUUAUAAACAUGUCUUCUGUAUUAUAAAAUCCAUUUAAAAAGGAAAAUCAGAGCUUCAAGUCUUUCUAGUGCCAGGACACAUUCCCCUUUGUAGUUUUUCUUGCCUUCUGUGGUACCUGCUCUCUGAAGCAGUAGUUUCUCCUGCUUUGCUCUAAAUUCUCAUAUUACCACUGAGCCAAUCAUACUUAAGAACAACCUGCUGAAUUCAACAGAAGCAGGCUGUCCCUCUCUACCCUCAUUAUUUCUAAUGACACUACAUUGAUACGUAGCACCCAGGCAGCCCAGCUGGCUGCCACACUUGACAACACACAGAUAGAAACUUAUGUUCAUUUUUACACUUGUUCUGGGUAAGCCACAUCAGAUCUUAAGGGAAGCCAUUUGAGUUUAAUGAAAGUUACAUUAGCAAGUAAACUAGUAAUUGGAGCUUGUAAAGUUACCAUGUAUCUAGGUGAAUUUGUUCUUCAGCUUCAAGUCAACAUAUGUACGUACAUGCGUAUGUGUUAUACAAAAACCCAAGUAUUUGCAGCAUUUGCCUUCUAAAUCUAAAUCGGGAUGGCAUUGCUUUGGCUGUGGCUCUUCUUUUUUUUUUUUUUUUUUUUUUUUUUUUUUUUGGUUCUUUUUUUCGGAGCUGGGGACCGAACCCAGGGCCUUGCGCUUCCUAGGUAAGCGCUCUACCACUGAGCUAAAUCCCCAGCCCCGGCUGUGGCUCUUCUUACAGAAGUUUCCCUUUAGGGUGCCACUUCCCAUUUAGUGGGACAUGAAACCAGAGCCCCACUGUUGAUUUUACAGAGGAAGAAGUAGCUUCUCCAAGUAGGAUUACUUCCCUUCCUCCUGUCCCAGGUAAGAAAUCCCAGAGGACUGAGCAGUCCAGGCAGCUGCAGUUCCAGCUGUGGAAGCCCUUUCUACACCUGAGGUUUCUCAGGCCCAUGAUCUGAUGUGUCUGUCUGUCUCUGUCUCUGUCUCUGUCUCUGUCACACACACACACACACACACACACACACACACACACACACACACACACACACACCUCUGCCUGCCUGCAGGUUGCGGUGUGACUGUGGGGCCCACUUAUUUAGAAUGGCUUUCCUGCUGCAUGUUGAGCUCCUCCAGUACUAGAAGAGUGCAGUAGCCAUUCAAGUGGCUUCAUGCACUUCUAUAAACUUCGGUAAGAGACAGUGUGUAGCCCUUUAUAUAUGAGCACUGGACUGUGAUCUUACUACCAAUGUAAAUAGGAACAGUACUAUCUAAAAACUGCUGUAGCAGAGUUAUUUGUGGUGCAAUACUUUUUGAUUAAAGCUCUUCAAGAUGCAACUACAGUGAGUUUUACUUGAUAAAAGUUUGAGAUGUGUUUAUUUUGACCUGUCAAAUCUUGUCUUUGGGUUUGUUUGUUUUGGUUUUUUUUUUUUUUUUUUUUUUUUUUUUUUUUUUUUUGAAACAGGCUUUCUCUGCAUAGCCCUGGCUUUCCUAGAACUCAUUCUGUAGACCAGGCUGGCCUCAAACUCAGAUCCACCUGCCUCCCAAGUGCUGAGAUUCAGCUUUGUACUGACUAUCAUAUUUCAACGACUACAGAUGUUUCUUUCAAAAGGAAGCAAGCUCCUCAGAUUAAAGGUGAAUAAAUAUGAUUUAAUGGCCCCGUGGGCUAGUUUUACCUCUCAAGCAUGAGUGGUUCUACAGAGGAUCUAGGACGGGCAGGGCCGGUGCACUUGAGCCAGCAUUUAAGCUGCAGUUGUGAUGCUCAGGAGCACUUGCUUUAGGGCUCAUAGCUGACUGCCAUUAUUGGGGUUUAGAACAGACCCUACAUCAGGAGACAGUGACCAGAACUUGCCCAGGCUACAUCUGUAAUCACACAAACGGAUGACUUUUGAAGCCUCAAUCAUUAAAGGUUUGGCACUUUAUUAAAUAAGCUCCAAAAUUACAUACAAAUCAAAAGAGUAAGAAAAAUAAACACUCAGCAAAAUGUCUCUCGGUAGCAUCCAGCACCACUGCAGUUAAAGUAUGGCAUAGCUGUGGUAUCACCAUGCUCGCUUUCCCCGUCCCCAAGGAUGGCAGGACAGGGACAUCAGCUUUCCAAACCAAACUGUCAUCAUUCAUUGCUAUCCCUUUCUUUACCAUUUAACAUACAGAGAACACACUUCAAUGAAUAGACUAAUAAGCCAAGAGCUUUAUUGAUGCAGCAGGCACUUUACAAUGAACCCAAGAGAGCCUGCCUUCUCUGAGAAGACAGGAUGUCUGUACAAACUCUCAUCAGGUUUUUUCCACUUCAGAACCCAAGCUCUCCUUUUCACCACAGCCCUUGGGUCUGCACCUGCCCAAAUAGUCCCUCCCCAUUCCAAACAGACAGUGCUCACAGGUACACCUCACAUAAUCUGGCCAGUCAGCCAGAUAGUCAAGUGUUGGUUCUGUGUUACUCUGUAGACAAAGGCAGACACUCUGGUCCUGCAAAGAAUUUAGGAAUCAAUAAGACAAUUUCUCCCUCCACCUCAAAAGUAAAAUACAUUCCAGCAGAUGUGUCCUGAAGUAUUUAGUUGGGAGUUCUAGGAAGAUGGUCCAUUGUCAGUCCCUUCUUCACUAGCCUGGGCAUCCAAAAUUCUUCUCAAGGUAACAGGAUUCUUUUUUUUUUUUUAAACAGUCUUUCUUGCUGUAAGAACUCUUAUAAUGGAGCCUAGUCCUCCAACAGCUAAAGCCUGUGGAGACAGGAAAAGGAAACACGUCAAAUGGUACCUGACUGGCCAGAAGGGAGCUUCACUCACCUGGAGAUGAGGACACAUAUUCCCAGACCUCAAUCCCACCAUGUCACAGGCUUGCUGAGAGAGAUCAAGUUCUAGGGAGAGCCCUGUCUUAGAGCCAAGGGUCCCAAAAGCUUACAGCUCUUGAAGCAAUAAAACUGGCUUGGGAUCACUGUCCCCAAGCAUCCAACAAAGCCUGAGUUUCCCUGUAACAUGCUCUGCUUCUACCUGCCAGCACCUGCCUAUCCCUGGAAACACAUGGCAGCCCAUAGAGAACUACCUACUGACAGGGUGACAUCAAAAGCACCUCACAGGGUUGAAAAGGCCUAACCGUCUCACCACCAACAGCAAUUCCUGAACCCAAGCAAAGAUGAAGCUUAAAAAGUCAGCACCCCAACAGGGCCAGAAGCCACAGCCCAACACUUUGCUGGAAACUGACCUACCAGUAAAAACAGCAUUCUUAAAAACUCAGCGCUGCCAAGGGAUAUAGUUCAAUACAAGAUCACUUGCCUAACACAUACCAGAACCCCAGUUCUGUCUCUACCACAGGAAAAAUAUCUCAGGCUGGAGAUGUACUUCGGUUGGUGGAAUAUCCUCUCAGCAAGCAUUAAGACCAGGAUUCCAUCCCCAGCACCAUGUAAAAUUCAGUAUGGUAUUAUAUGCCUGCAAUCUCUAUCUACAUUAAGAUUAAAAGUUUAAAGUCAUCCCCAAUUUAAAAACAAAUUUGUGGCCAACCUGAGCUACAUGAGACUUUAUCUCAUGCUGAACCACUGACAAGAACUGUGUUCAUCAGUCUGGAACCCAUAAGUGCUGGGUGUAUUUACUGAAGUGUUACAGGGCUGCAGGUGGUGUGCAGCUGACAGACAGGACAAAAGUUUGACACAUGCCUUGGUCCUCUAUCCUUCAAGUAAAGGACAAAAAAAAUUUUUUUGCUUCCAGUGAAUGAAAGCUAUAAUAAAUGACUCCAAUUUC